AUGUCGUCGCGGAUGCCCUCUGUUCGACGGCCUAUCAGGGCAGCAGUAGCAUCACCCGAGGAUUCGGUAGACGGUGAUGGCAUAGCAAAGAAGAGGAGCCAGCUUCCACAGCUGACUCCACGCUCCAUCAAGACGUCCAAAGACGUUGCUGCUUCAAGUAUUCCCAUGUCAAGUCCCACAAGGUCGACAAUGGGCAUCCCGACACGAGCAAACGAGGACAAGGCUGCUAUGCCACCCCCUUCUGCUCCUCUAGCUCGCACUCAGUCUAUUCGCACCCGCCCAGUAUCGCAAACUCCCGCAGCUACUAGCACUUCAGCCACUAGAUUUGGUCUCGCCGCUCCGUCAAGGUCGCUGUCGACACGGGCACCUGCUCCCUCGACGGCCACGGCUCCAAAGCCUCGCGUCGUGUCUCACUCUCGCACCCCCAGUACCUCUACUAUCGCAGCUUCAAGCACAGGCGACUCAACUCUGAAGCGUUCUGUUACCACCACCGCAACCAGACACCUUCGAUCACAGAGCUCAAUUACCACAGGGCUGAAGUCAAGACUCACGGCGCCAUCCACUCCAUCCACACCAACCUCGGAGAAGAGCAGCACGGAACCGACCAAACCUCUUGUCAGGCGCCUCGUACGACCGACAGCGACAUCGAAUGCGCCGAAACUCGAUCCCUCCACUUCGCGCCCGGCCUUCAACACACUCCAGCAGCACUAUAGUCCUGCCAAAACCGUACUACCGAAACCUCCGGUCCCUUCCUCACGAGCUGCACCCUCCGCUGAAGAUAAGGCUGUUCAAUCUGGCGCUGUCUUCGAAACCACAAAACUCCAAUCCGAGCUGUUAUACCUCUCCCUUCUCCACGAGUCUGCCAAGCCAAACCUACGGAGCUAUGAAAGAAGCGCAAGGAAAGCACUCAAGGCAGAGUUCGAAGCAACACAAGAUGAGGUGACACAAAUUCAAGAGCAAGAGAAGCUGUUUCAUGAACAAGGAAAUCUUGCCGCCAUAGCCAAGUGGCUCGUUGCACAAGGAGCACACAUUGGCCCCGAGGCCGCAGAGAUGAUACAAAGCCUAAGUGGCUGUUUCAACGAGCUCAUGAUGCUAUCAGCACCAGAGAGCAGGUAUACAGCGCUAGUGCACACAUUUUCCGAAUGGGCUGCCGAAGCAACAGAGCAGGACCGGGCACAUAUUUUCUCGGGUCCUUUAGCACUAGACUGGCAUCAUCUGCAUGCUUCAAUCACACAACGCUUACGCUUGGUUGAGCGAGAGGUUGAGAUGCUCCCUUCAGCACCGCCGAGCGGAGAUGGAGUAGAGUCGUCAUUAUCCAUCAUACUGCGCUGCUUGAAAGAUCUGGUGUUGGGCAUGAAAGAAGAGCUGGAGGCUAUGCUGCGUCUUGAAAAGCAGGUUGUCAGCACGGAGAAGCAGCGAGUAAGCAAUGCCGUGGCUGGUCUUUCUAUGGAAGCUCUUCUGCACAGUUCAGAAGAGUGGACUGCUGCUUGGUAG